AUGGCCUCAAUCACCCAAGACCCCAAGUACGACCACUACGACUUCCCCACCGUUUCCAACACCAACCAGAGCGGACACCCCGGCCACACCACACCGGAGCAGGAUGCCCAAGUUCACCAGCUCCGCGCCUCGCUCGAGCAGGCCGGCUUCCACGAGCGCCUCGACACCCUGACCAUGCUCCGUUUCCUGCGCGCCAGAAAGUUCAACGUCGAGCACGCCAAGCAGAUGUUCGUCGACUGCGAGAAGUGGAGAAAGGACUUUGGCGGUGGUGUCGACCACCUCCUGCAGACUUUCGAGUACAAGGAGAAGGAGCAGGUCUUCAAGUACUACCCUCAAUACUACCACAAGACCGACAAGGACGGUCGUCCCCUUUACAUCGAACAGCUCGGCAAGAUCGACCUCACCGCCAUGUACAAGAUCACCUCCGAGGAGCGCAUGUUGCAGAACUUGGUCGUCGAAUACGAGAAGGUCGCCGACCCUCGUCUGCCCGCCUGCUCGCGCAAGGCCAACCACCUCCUCGAAACAUCCUGCACCAUCAUGGACUUGAAGGGCGUCGGCCUCACAAACAUUAGCAGUGUUUACGGCUACGUGCAAAAGGCCUCUGGCAUUUCGCAAAACUACUACCCCGAGCGCAUGGGCAAGCUCUACAUCAUCAACGCUCCCUGGGGCUUCUCAUCAGUCUUCAGCAUGGUCAAGAAGUUCCUCGACCCCGUCACUGUCGCAAAGAUCCACGUCCUCGGCGGUGGAUACACCAAGGAACUGCUCGCUCAGAUUCCCAAGGAGAACCUUCCCAAGCAGUUCGGCGGUUCUUGCAGUUGCCCUCACGGCUGUGAGUUGUCCGACGCUGGCCCAUGGCAAGACGCCCAGUGGGUCAAGCCCGCUGCCUGGGAGAAGAAGGCUGGCGACAAUGUCAUCGAGAACACCGAUGCCACCAUCAGCCACGGUCUUCCUGGUGACGCUCCCGCUGGUGUCACCGCCGGCACCGCCCCUCAAGGCCACACCCACGGUGUCCCCGCCCCGCAAUAG